AUGCCUAGUGACUUUAUGACGAUUAUAAAAUAUAACCGCGUGGUGCAGUCGAGCGUAAGAGGACACGCAGUCGUUAUUGACGAUCCUCAUGACUCGAGCCGAACGAACAAAUUGAUUGUAAUACAAUUUAGACAAACUUGUCCCCUUGGCUCAAGGGAUCAGGUCGUCGAGAAUAUUAUACACCCGAUAAAUAUUAACUACUUUAACUUACGUUCAAGGUUCCACUGUUCCUGCAGGAUAGAAGUAUGCUGCCGUGUGGUUGCUGUUCUCGUGGUCUGUGCUGUACGACAAUUAAAGUACGAGUGCAGUGUGUUCAAAAAUUUCCUAUCACUACCGUUUCACCUAUUGCUAGUUCAUAACACUUGUUUCAAUACAUAUACCGACGACCCCCUUCCAUUUGACUUCCUCCAAAAAACGUUGGUGCUUUCGUUUAUCUCCAGUGACACGAUUAACAAAAGCCAAAAGAUUCGUCACCUCGUGAAGAGCCGAUAUAUGCAAACGCGUCCAACGGAAACCGACGAAAACUGCAGCAGCAAUAUAACCACUAAAACACGGUUUUGGCUGUUCUAUUCCAUUAACGGACUCUUCUUCUUAUUUAUAGUAAUAAUUUCGCAUAUUAUAGUUGAUUACCUAAUGAUUAUAUUAUAUUUGUAUUACUUUUUAAGUUUUCCCGUCACCUGAAAAUAAUUUGUCAGUGCUAUAAUGAUUCUUUUGCAGACUGUCAAUUAGGUAUAGGUAGGUACAAGGUGUAACAGAAAGACCUGAUAAAUGAAAUUACUUUUGUCCUAAUCAAUACUUGAAACUUUUUUUAAAUUUAUUAAUUUGAAUUUUGAUAAUUUUUUUCAAAUCAUAAUUUUUGGGAAAUUUCAGACAAAUAAAAUCUAAAUCAUUUGUCAUCCAUACAAUUUUUAUAACUUUUUUAUGCGUUUAACUUGUAUCAAUUUUUUUUUUAAUUUGCUAAGCCUGUCUGUUCUAUCAGUAUAAUAUUCGUAGACUUUAUUAAUAUAUUAUUUAAGACAAUUUUUUCUUCAAAAUUAAAAUAAUUAAUACAUGGGGCUUUAAUUCAUUAUUUUUAUUUUUGUAAUAAAUGUAUUAUUUAUGUGGGGGACUUCCACCCAAAAUUGGAAAAAAUAUUUAAAUUUCAGCUUAUUAAUUACCUAAUCACCAAUUUACUCACUAAAUAUAGCUGAACAAAUACUAUAAUACAUGCAAUUGUUUUAAACACAUCUUGUAAAAUUAAUAGUUACUCGAUCGUUUUAAAAUGUAAUAGGUAAUUAAAACUCUAAGUUAGUUUUGGAGCAUUGGACGUAUUGUAUAGGAUGAUUGAUAGGACAGGUACAUAAAAAUAUUAAAAAUCAAAACACUUGUUGUACCUAGUAAAUAUUUCAGUAACAGUGUUUUAAAGAUCAGGUUAAGUACAGUUAAAAUGCAACGACAAUUUAUGUACUUAAAUUUAAAAUAAUGUGUACAUUAUUUGUACAGAUAUGUAGUUAUGCAUACAAUUUAGUUAUGAUAAUAAUAAUUUAGUAUGAUUGAUAAUUAUUAUAAUUCAGUAGGCAUUCAAAAACUUAACUUAAAUAUUCAGUUAUUAAUGUUCAGUUCUUCUGUAUAAAUUAUUUCAUAAGUAUUCGUAGUUUUAUGUGAAUAGAGUGUACCGUGUACAAUUUUUUUAUUUUAUAACUUAACUAGUACCAACAAUUUAUUUGUAAAAAUUAUAUUAUAAUAUUGU